UUGAGGAGUAUGUGUGUUUUCACAGGGCGAUGGCUCAACAUGGAGUCACUCACCUCAGCAGCAUUGUGGAGCAGCUGGCCCCCAUGCUGAGCAGCCCGUACGAGGGCCAGAGAGUCACCACCGUCGCUUUCUUCGGAGAGUUACUGAACCACCGUGUGACCUCUGACCUGGUCCUGACUGACGUCCUGCUCAGCAGUUUGCUGCCCUGUCUGGUGGAUACGUCCAGCGUUGUCCGGAUGUUGACCAUCAGAGGCCUGGGGAACGCUGCUGUCGGAGCUCCUCACAAGAUUCAUAAAUACUCGACCAAGCUGCUGUCGGCCAUGAUUGCUGGGGUGGAUGAGAAAGAUGACCCAGAUGACCUGAUCACACUGGAGGCCAUGUCCAGCCUGUCCAAAGUCCUGGACCAACUUGAGGAGAUCGACGUACAGCCCAUUCUGAUCAACAUCGCCCUCCGCAUUCGGCCCUUCUUCGAGAAG